AUGUGGCUUCGCGAAGACCUUCUAAAGUCCAUUUGGCACGCUUUCACAGCGCUGGACGUGGACCAGCGUGGCAAAGUGUCCAAGUCCCAGUUAAAGGUGCUGUCUCAUAGCCUGUGCACCGUCAUGAAGAUCCCCCAUGACCCCCUGGCUCUUGAGGAGCAUUUUAAAGAUGACGACGAAGGGCCUCUCUCCAACCAGGGCUAUAUGCCGUACGUCAACAGGUUCAUUCUUGACAAGGUACGAGAAGAUUUUGAUGUUUUGGAAUUCAACAAGAUGUGCUGGACGCUGUGUCACAAGAAUAACGUCUGGAUUAAUCAUCUACUCAUCUCAAACUGCGACGCUUUUAAAAUCUGGUGCAUUUUCAACUUCCUGUCCGAAGACAAGUACCCGCUUGUCAUUGUCACUGAGGAGGUGGAGUACUUCCUGCAAAAGCUGACUGAGGCCGUGGCGAGCGGCUGGCGGCGCCAGGAGAAUCUUUCGGCAUCCGCGCUCCAGGCGAACGGGAGCCGCCGCCUGACUGCGUGGGAGCUGAUCCGACUGGUGGGAAGCGGUGCCUUCAGCGAGGGCGUGGACCGGCAAAGUCUUUCUCUGGGCAUCGACGAGGUCUUCCAGGAGCUCAUCCUGGAUGUGCUGAAGCAGGGCUACAUGAUGAAAAAGGGCCACAAGAGGAAGAACUGGACCGAGCGCUGGUUUGUGCUGCGACCCACUUCGAUGUCGUACUACGUUUGCGAGGACCUUGUCGACAUGAAAGGACACAUCGCUCUCGACCAUAACUGUUGUGUGGAGUCUCUUCCAGACAGAGAAACAAAGAAAUGCCUGUUCAUCAUCAAGUGCCCCGAUAAAAGCUUUGAGAUCAGCGCGUCCGAUAAGAAGAAGAAGCUGGAAUGGAUCCAAGCUAUUCAAAGCUGCGUCCGGCUGCUGAGGUUGGGGCUGGCGUCCCCUCGUCGCGAGGCCAGGCUGAGGCGCCGCCGGCUGCGGCAGAGGCGGCGGCGGGAGGAGGAGACGGACGACGACCUGGCCGACGGGAUGGAGCGCCUCCGGGCGGCCGAUGAGAGCAAACGGAUGCAGCUGGACGCCAUGAGGAAGAAAAUGGAGCAGGUUGCGGCCGAAGCAGCGACAGAAGAGGAGCGGACGAAGAAGGCUCAGUUGGAUCUGCAGGAUCGCUUCAGACUGGACCUGGAAAGAGAGAAAAUGGUGCGUCAGCACGCGGAGGCGCAAGUGGCCCAGAAGUCCGGUGAACUGGAGCAGUAUCUGCAGCGUGUCCGCGAGAUGGAGGACAUGUACCGUCAACUGGAGGAAGCCUCGGAGGACGAGAGGCGGGCCAAGCGGGAUCAAGAGGCCAUGCGCAAGCUGCGGGCCAGGCUGCUGGCCGAGGAGGCGGCCGGGAGGGCCGAGCUGGAGCGCCUCCGCCUGCGGCAGAAGAGGGCCGAGCGCCGGGAGCCGGCGGCCGAGGAGCGAGAGCUGCGGGCCGCCGCGGCGGCGCAGCUGGAGAGGGUGGAGACGGAGCGGCGCGGAGCUCUGCAGAAGCAUGAGGAGGUGUCGAGGAGUCUGGAGCGAGCCGCUAACAAGACGAAGAAGCGGAAAGAGCAAGCGGCCGCCGCGUCUCAUCCCGCCAGGUCCCCGGAGGGCGAGCAACUGGGGACCGGCUGCGGUCGCCGACGUGGAGCUGGAGCCGCGCAAGAAGUCGUGGCAGGAGAGCGAAAGGCCACCGAGCUCCAAGUCCGAGAAGGAACAACGUAACAGUCCGUAAAUAUACCGUACGCCGCUUGUCCGUUUUCUCUCGAACACGCGUUGCAGGUGUUUAUUGCGCACAGCGGUACCUUGACUCCUAACUAAAUGUGCUUGUAAAGCGGUGCGAGAAAGGGUUCGCCCCCCUUCCUGAUUGCUCAUUUCUUUGUCACACUUCGUCAAACAAAUGUACACAGAAAAUCCGGUUUUUUGAUUUUGAUCAUUCAGGGUGAGAAAAAAUCCAAACCUCCGUGGCCCUGUGUGAAAAAGUGAUUUCUCGGGCCACAAUUGCGAUAACUCGCAACGAGUCUCUUUCAGCGCUGCGGAGGAGUUUUGGCCCGCUCAUCUUUGCCGAAUUGUUGCAGAAUCGGCUUCGUUUGAACGGCCUUUUAAGGUCAUUCGGAUUCAAGUCUUUGGUUUCUCUUCGACCAUUCAGAGGUGGACUUGCCGGCGUGUCUCGGAUCGUUGUCCCGCUGCAGCACCCGAGUCCGUUUCAGCUCGAGGUCACCGACGGACGCUCGGAUA